AUGAGUACAAUAGUUCUUGUCACUGGAGCCACGAAAGUCCAACUGAUCGCAUCUCAUCACACAGGUAUCGGAAGGGGCUUCGUGGAGCAAUAUUUGAAACGUGAGAAUACGAUUGUUGUUGCAGGAGUGAGAUCACCGUCCUCUGCCGAGGCGACUAGUUUGUGUCAGUUUGAUGUCGCACCAGGUAGCAGGGCGAUAUUGGUUAAGAUCGAUGCAAGGUCAGAAACGGAUGCGUUGGAAGCUAUUCAGGUACUGCAGAAGCAACAUGGUAUUGGGCGACUCGAUAUCAUUAUUGCCAAUGCUGGCAUCUUUUAUCCAGCCGCCAACCAGAAGGUCCUUGAUAUGAAGCUUACCGAUCUCCAAGAACACAUCAACGUCAAUGCCUAUGGAGUUAUCCGGCUGUUUCAGGCUACAUGGCCGCUACUCGAACAAUCCGAGAAGCCAAUAUUUCUUCUCAACUCAGCUGCUGCUGGAAGUAUUGUUGGCAUGAAGGCGUUCGCCCAAGUACCGCUCAAUUCCUAUGCUGCUUCUAAGAUGCUGGCCAAUUUCUUUAUCACCAAGGUUCACUUUGAGCAUCCCAGCCUCAUUUCCUUUGCCGUCCACCCUGGAUCCGUUGUCACUGAGAACAGGACGGCUGCUGCUGAACGUCUGGGUGUAUCAGUCGAGGGCAUCUCGGUCGACCAAUCCGUGUUGAGUUUGCUGUCUGUACUUGACAAUGCCACUGUUGCGACUACUUCCGGCACCUUUCUCAAUGUUGAUGGGGUACCAAUUCCUUGGUGA